GCCAGCCCGCCCGCCCUGAGGUGGCGGCGGGACCGGCGUGGGCGGCGGGCAGCGACAUGGGGGACGACCUGGCGUCGGAGGAGGACACCCUGCUUCAUUCAGAGAAGGAGUUCCACGAUGCAGCAAAGCGUAAUGACACGGCCAGGAUGGAGGAGCUCAUCAGGAGAGGGGUCGACAUCAAAGCCAAAAACAAUACAGACCGGACUGCCCUGCACUGGGCUGCAGGAGCAGGGAAUGUGGAUGCUGUGCGACUGCUCCUGGAUCACGAUGUCCCGGUGGAUGACGAAGACAGCUUUGGAAUGAAUGCUCUUCUCCUGUCUGCCUGGUUUGGCCACCUCCGUGUCCUGCAGAUCCUCGUCAACGCUGGGGCCAAGAUUAAGUGUGUCGAUAGGAAUGGCAGGAACCUGCUCCACUGUGCAGCUCAGAGGGGACACAUCCAGGUGAUGGAGUUCAUCAUGGAGGACCUGGAGGACAUGUGUGUGGAUAGAACAGACAAGAUGGACAGGACAGCAUUUCACCUGGCUGCAGAGUAUGGGAGGCUGGAGGUGGUGGAGUUCCUCAUUCGACUGGGUUGUUCUCACAGUGCCAAAGACAAGGAAGAAAAUACAGCACUGCAUUUAGCUGCUAAAAAUGGCCAUCCCUCUGUGCUGCACAAGAUUAUAGACGUUGGAGUGGACCUUGAUGAAAAGAACGUAGAAGGACUUACAGCUCUGCACCUGGCUGCCGAGGGAGGGCACAGCGACUGCGUGAAGCUGCUCUUGGAAGCAGGUGCUGAUGUCAAUGCCCAAACCCAGAAGAAGAUGAACUGCCUUCAUUACGCAGCGCUGCACGGCUACGAGGAGAUAGCCAGGAUCCUCGUGGACGCAGGAAUCCACACAGAUGCUGUUAAUCAUCAAAAUGCAUCAGCGACACACAUCGCGGUGCUGCAGAACUUCCCGGCCAUGGUGAAGCUCUUCAUCGACGCGGAGUGUGACCUUGACAUUCCAGAUAACAGGCUGCAGACCUCGCUCCACAUCGCUGCGGAGCACGGCAGGCAGGACAUUGCCGAGAUGAUUCUCGUUGCAGGAGUUAAUCUGAAGCUGACAGACAAGCAAGGGAAAACAUCGCUGGAUGUCGCCGCCCGAGGCAAUCACAUCAACUUGGCAGACAUGAUUAUCAAAGCCGAUCGGUUUUACAGGUGGGAGAAGGACAAUCUGCACAGCGACUCCGAGUCCUGGGUGGUGAAACACUUGACCUUUAAGCAGGACCACAGGCUGGAAACGCAGCACAUCCGCUCGGUGAUGUGGAGACUGGCCACCAAGUACCUCAAACCCGGCGAAUGGAAGAAGCUGGCACAUCACUGGAAGUUCACCGAUGCCCACAUUAGGGCCAUCGAGCAACAAUGGACAGGUACCAAAAGCUACAGGGAGCACGGGCACAGAAUGCUGCUCAUCUGGCUCCACGGCACGAUCACAGCGGGAGAGAAUCCAAUCAAGGGACUGUACGAAGGCCUGGUGGGGAUUGGAAGAAGAGAUUUAGCAGAAAGCAUUCGGAAAAAAGCAAACUCAGACUCUGCCUCUCCACGGAAAUGCAUCACGAUGUGACCCAGUGGCUCCAUCAACUGAUGAGUCCUCAGCUGGUCUUGAAGCUGCAGGAGAAACCCCUACUCUGCUGCUCCUCAGAAGGCAGCUGCAACCUAAGGGCUUCUCAUCCCCAACAGCUUCCUGCUUGGUCUGAAACAAGGGGAUCAGCAAAUGCUACAGAUCGAAAACGCUUCUUUACACAGAAGACAGAUUUUUAUCUGCUAUUGUGUAUGGUCUGGGACUGGAAUGAGUUCAGUCUCACUCAUCCUGUGAGGAUCAAGGAACUACUAUUUUACUAUCACUUGUUUACAUCACUUUUUUGUAUGUAAAUUUUUAAAUGUCAUUUUUUUAAGUCAUUGGGGGGAAGCCUUUGCUUUCAAAAAUGUUCUUUACUUUUUUGUUUGGGGUGUGUUGUCUGUCUCUUGUGUCUUAGAUGGGUUCAUAACUCCCCUAGUAGGGUGGGAAUUCCAGAGGAAAAGCCAAGGCUGCCACUUGGGCCUUUUGGAACCUUAAGGGUUGUGACCUUUAACGUUUUGACUCUUCACAAAAAGUUUCAGAGAAGAACAUUAACAGAUAUUAUUUACAAAUGUACAUUAACAUACACAUAAAUCAAAGAGGUGAUUUCUUUAAUCCCUGGGCUACAAGCUUGGGAAGUGUAAGGUAAGAGUGGUCACUGGUUACCUGCACAGCCUCUGACAAGGACAUACAGUUUUCUUUAGUACAAAGUAUUAUGUGAUAAGUUGGUAUUUAUUUUUUACAGUGCUUCAAGGAGAAAGAAUGUCUGCAUUUCAAUAAAUUCAGAUUUUACCCUUAACAAAUAAGAAGUAUCUUGCAAAUUUAUUUAAAAAAAUCCUACAUACAUCAUUCCAACUUGUGAAC